AUCAGGCGACAGAGCAAAUCCUUUGGGCAAAAAAUGGAGAAUGGAGAAUGUGCUCACUGCUCAGUCUGUGGUGGAGCCUAUGCACAUUGGGGGAGGCUGUGGUUGCUGGUGGAGGAUGUGCUCGUCGCUGGUGGAGGAUAUGGUCGCUGGUGGACGGUCCUCCGAUGGUCUUCCUCGUCGGAGAGUGGCUGAGGGGGAGGAGAGCGUUGAAGGAGGAGGAAAGAGCUGA